AUGCGCAACCUGAAAAACGUGCGCCACGCCGAGGUGCAGCUUCAGAAUGAGCUCCCUCUCACUGCAACGGCGUGGGAUACAGCUUCGGACGCUGUCAUUUGCACCUUUGGUCCGACCGAGACAAAUCCUGUCAUAGAGCUGAGACGAAAGCGUCAAGACACUUACUUUUCGGACCCGGUAGCUGCAGAUGUAUUUGAAUGCAUCGCAUCGUGGGAUGCGCCGUGUCCGUUGCCAGGCCUCGCCUGUGAUCGGGUGCUUUCACUUCAUUAUUUUGCCGACAACCUGAGUGCGUGUCUGGUACUCGAAGGAGGCGACAUUAUCAUUGUUCGCGAGGAACCUCUGCCCGGCGAGGACAAGAUCGAAAUCCUGGGUUCGGUUGAUGUCGGUAUCACAGCUGCCGCGUGGUCUCCUGAUGAAGAGCUCCUCGCUCUGACCACCAGAGCAAACACGUUCUUGUACAUGACUCGCGAGUUUGAAAAUGUGGCAGAGAUUACCCUCACCCCCCAAGAUCUUCAGGCGUCUCAGCAUGUCUCCGUUGGCUGGGGCAAGCGCGAGACCCAGUUCCAAGGAAAGAGAGCCAAAGCUCUGCGUGACCCUACAGUCCCUGAGAAGGUCGACGAGGGUAAGCUGAGUAGCAAUGACGACGGAAAGACCACUAUCAGCUGGCGGGGUGAUGGUGCGUACGUUGCGGUGAACAGCAUUGAACAAGGCUCUCGCCGUGUCAUCCGGGUGUAUUCACGAGAAGGUACACUUGACAGUGUCAGCGAGCCAGUUGACGGGCUAGAAUCCGCACUCAGCUGGAGACCGUACGGAAAUCUCAUUGCGGGUAUCCAGAGAUUAGAGGGACGGGUUGACGUUGUGUUCUUUGAAAGGAAUGGCUUGCGCCAUGGAGAAUUCACGCUUCGUCUUACCGAAGAAGAGCGAUCCUCAUGGGCCUCGAAUAUUCAUCUGAGUUGGAAUAUUGAUUCCACUGUGCUCGCUGUUCACUUCAAGGAUAGAGUGCAGUUUUGGACUAUGGGCAACUACCACUAUUAUCUCAAGCAGGAAGUGCCUGUGAUGGUCGAUCCUGAGUAUCCGAACCUGUUCGCUUUCAAAUGGCAUCAAGAGAAAGCCCUGCGUUUUGUCGCUGGAGCAUCUGGCUCUAUAUUAGACAUGGACUUUGUCUUUGAUGUCGCCCACGGUUCAACUGUACCGCCUAACGAUGUUGGGGCAGUUGCUGUUAUUGACGGAAAAAUCCUGAAAUUGACGCCCCUGAGACUGUCGGGUGUUCCUCCUCCCAUGGCUCACAAUGAAGUGGCCCUGGAUUCCAACAUCGUCGACGUCGCGUUUAGCAAAUCCGGUACCCGAAUUGCUGUUCUCAUGAAGGAUCGGUUCUCUGUGUUCAUGUGGUCCUUCAAGACCCGUCCUAUUGCACCGCCCAUUCUUGAAUCUAGCUAUCCGUUGUCAGGCGCGCCAGAGAGUCGACCACGACAGAUUGCCUUCCGUAACGAGACCGAAGUAUACAUUUUGAAGAGUAGUGGUCCGAACGCUACCGCAGUCGAGCGGACGACACUGGAGACCAGAGAGACCAACACUAUUUAUCACGCAGCUGACUCGGAGCAAUUGGUGUCGAUAUUCGCAAGUCUAACACAUGAAGCGUUGUGGCUUUCUCAUACUGGCCAGCCAGGUCAAUCAAUUGCGUACUCCACCGUCAAGGCCGACUCAUCCGGCGAGCUAGUCGUUGCGCCAUACACAGAAGGACCUGCUGUUGACACGCAGUGGGCCGAAGCUGCUGUUCUAUCCGAAGACGAGCAUAUUCUCAUUUCUUUGACAAGGACUGGAGCUCUAUAUGCGAAUACACGUCUGCUCGCCAAGAACUGCACCUCGUUCCUCGUCACGAAAACCCAUGUGGUAUUUACUACCUCCCAGCACCUACUGAAAUUCGUCCACUUGACAAGAGCUGAAGUGAUGGAUGUGCCGCCCGAUACCCCAGAGACGGACGAGCGUUGCAGAAGCAUUGAACGUGGCGGACGCUUGGUGACCGUGAUGCCGACGAUAUUCGCGGUGACUUUGCAAAUGCCCCGUGGAAAUAUCGAGACCAUCUAUCCCCGAGCUCUUGUGCUGGCUGGUAUCCGCUCCUUUAUUGACCGGAAGGACUACCGGUCUGCGUACCUGACCUGUCGCAGCCAAAUGGUGGACAUGAACAUCAUCCACGAUUAUGCGCCUGAACAAUUCAUGGAAAGUGUUCAUCUAUUUGUUGAUCAAGUGAAGAGGGUCGAUUUCAUUGACGAGUUUCUAUCACGGUUGAGCGAGGAUGAUGUCUCUCAGACACUCUACAAGGACACACUGAAGACCGCCGCAUCCGAUGACACGCAGCCAAAUGGAAACGUUCCCGUCAAAGCACUGGGUAAGAGUAAGGUCAACCGGAUCUGCGAUGCUUUUCUCGCUCUAUUGGAAAAGCGAAUGGACACAAAUCUGCAUAACCUGAUUACUGCCCAUGUUUGCAAAUCCCCACCAGAUCUGGAGUCAGGACUUCGGUUGGUUGCGCGCUUGCGAGAGGAGAGCCCUGAGCAAGCGGAGGAUGCGAUCGAGCAUAUGUGCUUCUUGACAGACGCCAAUCGUCUGUAUGACAACGCACUGGGUCUCUACGAUUUGGAACUCACCUUGCUGGUUGCUCAGCAAGCCCAGCGGGAUCCUCGCGAAUAUCUCCCGUUCCUGCGUAAGCUCCAAAAGCUCCCCGACACUCGACGCCAAUUCGAGAUUGAUAACUACCUGGGACGCUGGGCCAAGGCUCUGCGCCAUCUUCACAAGCUCAAUGCCCACGACGAACUGCGGGCGUAUGCCAUCAAACACGUUCUGUACAAGGACGCCAUCGACGUCUACAAGUACCAGCCUGAGCAACUGCACGACAUCACCCACAUCUACGCCGACUAUCUCUACGACCAGUCCAUGUAUAAAGACGCAGGCAUCGCAUAUGAAUCCCUCUCCCUCUACACCGACGCCUACAAAUGCUAUCACCUCGCCCAUCUCUGGCGCGAGUCCAUGUACUGCGCGAUGAUGGUCCCACUCUCCGCAGAAGAGCUGCGCUCGCACGCAACAACCCUAGCCACAACGCUCACCGACGAGUCGCGCGACUACGUCUCCGCCGCUCAGAUCCACGCCGAGCACCUCCACGACAUCCCCGGCGCCGCUCGCCUCUACUGUCGGGGCUCGCGCUUCGCCGACGCCACCCGGCUGCUCGCCACGCACGGCCACCAAGCCCUCAUCCCGGAGAUCGUGGACGCCGGCCUCGCCGACUCGAUGGGCUCGAUGACGGACCUCCUCGCCGACUUCCGUGGCCAGCUCAACGCCCAGGUGCCGCGCAUCCGCGAGCUGCGCGUGCGGCGCGCCGCCGACCCGCUCGCCUACUUCGGCGGCGACCCCACCACCGGCGAGCUGGGCGUGGAUAUCCCGGAUAACGUCUCGCUGGCGCCGACGGACGCGUCCACACUUGCAGGGCGCACGAUGUACACCCGCUACACGGGGAAGACGACGGCGUCGCGGCAGACGUCGAAGACGCGUCGACGCGAGGAGCGCAAGCGUGCGCGCGGCAAGAAGGGUACCGUGUAUGAGGAGGAGUAUCUCGUCAACAGUGUGCGUCGACUCAUCGAGCGAGUGAACUCGACCGUUCCCGAGGCUGAGGGUCUUGUGGAUGCGCUCCUGCGCCGUGGUCUUUGA